AUGAACAACCGUUCCAGCGAGCCACAGAGCUGGCCAUACAACCGUGUCCCACGCAACAAUCCACUCGCCCGAAGACAGAGAGCACGACACCCAGCCCGUCAAAGACCCCACAACCACAAUCCCCACCCCAACCCCAACCCCGCCGAAGCCAUGCAGCGCCCCGACAUCCGCGCGAUAAAGCGAACCCUCACGCAGCAAACCCAGCAAAUCCAAGCCCUCGAACAAGCCCUGCACCACCAAAGCCAAGCCCUCCAGCACAUCGGAGCAACCCUGGCCCACCACAUGGAUCACCUCCAACCCCUAGAGAAACCGCUCCAGCCACUACUAAAACGAAUCCAAGUCCUGGACGGUCUCGCCGAGGACGCCCGCCACGCUCGACCCCCACCGCGCCAGAUGAUGGUGUCGCCGGUUCCACGGUACCAGGACGUGCGCGAGCGGACGAUGCUGCUGCUGCUGCGGCGCCCCUUGGACGCGCGCACGGCGGCGGUCUUCAAUAUUUACGCCGAUUUGAUGGUCUCGCCCGGAGUGCCGGGACGGCUGGCCUUGCUUGAUCGGUGCAGGGCGCUGCUGGGAUUGUGGGUCGAUCCUGCGGUGCGGCCGGGGGAUUGGAUGGAGGAGGGCUCGGAGAGUCGGGGGGCGUAUGAGGGGAUUGUUGGGCGGUUUAGGGGUCUGAUGGAGGCUUACUAG